UACUUUGAUGGGACUAAAGAAAGAAUUAAGAAACUGUUCAAUGAGGUCCAGCUUUCUGUUUCUUCAUAUGACACAGCUUGGGUAGCGUUGGUCCCUUCUCCAAAUUCUUUUGGGACCCCUUGUUUCCCGGAGUGUAUUGGUUGGUUAUUGGAUAAUCAGCUCAGCGAUGGCUCAUGGGGUCUUCCUCAUCGUCAUCCCUUAUUAAUUAAAGAUGCCCUGUCGUCUACAUUAGCAUCUAUCCUAGCACUUAAGCGAUGGGGUGUUGGUGAAGAGCAAAUCAACAAAGGUCUACGUUUUAUUGAGUUGAAUAUCACUUCAGCUACCGAUGAGAAUCAACAUUCUCCAAUUGGGUUUGACAUAAUAUUCCCUGGAAUGCUUGAGUUUGCCAAAGAUUUAAACUUGAACCUCCCUUUUGAACCAAAAGAUUUAGAUGCCAUGCGUCACAUGAGGGAGUUAGAGCUCAGAAGAGGAGGCUACUCAGAGGAAAGGAAAUCUUACCUAGCAUAUAUUUCAGAAGGAAUGGGGAAGUUACAGGACUGGGAAAUGGUCUUGAAAUAUCAGAGGAAGAAUGGCUCACUGUUCAAUUCCCCAUCAACCACAGCAGCUGCUUCUAUGCACCUUCAGGAUGCUGGUUGUCUUAAUUACCUGCGCUUACUCUUGGAGAAGUUUGGGAAUGCUGUUCCGACAGUUUACCCUCUGGAUAUAUAUGCGCGUCUUUGCAUGGUUGACAGUCUCGAAAGUUUGGGAAUUGAGCGGCAUUUUAGGCAGGAAAUCAAAAGUGUAUUGGAUGAAACAUACGGAUGCUGGCUGCAGGGGGAGGAAGAGAUAUUCCUGGACAUUGCCACUUGUGCCAUGGCAUUUCGGAUACUGCGUCUUAAUGGGUAUGACGUCUCUUCAGAUCCCUUAACACAAAUAACCAAAGGAAAGCAUGAAUCUAGUUUCCUCUCUGGACAUCAAAAGGAAAUUGGUGAUGCCCUUGAGUUAUGCAGAGCUUCACAGAUCAUUAUAUUUCCAGAUGAGUCAGCUCUGGAGAAACAACACUCAUGGUCCAGUCAUUUCCUGAAACAGAAAUUAUACAAUUGUAAAAUUCAUGCACAUGGACUUGAUAAGUUUGUUAGCCAAGAGGUGGAUGACACACUUAAAUUUCCCUUCCAUGCAAAUUUAGAUCGUGCAGCAAACAGAAGAUACAUAGAACAUUACAAUGCAGAUAGUACAAGAAUUCUAAAAACUUCAUAUUGCUCAUCAAACAUUAGAAAUGAAGAUUUCCUAACUCUGGCUGUGGAAGAUUUCAAUAUUUGCCAAUCCAUACACUGUGAAGAACUCAAAUAUCUUGAGAGUUGGGUUGUAGAGAACAGACUAGACAAGCUAAAGUUUGCCAGGCAAAAGACUGCGUACUGUUACUUCUCUGCUGCAGCCUCCCUUUUCUCUCCUGAACUAUCUGAUGCUCGCAUAUCAUGGGCAAAAAAUGGCAUUCUCACAACAGUGGUUGAUGACUUCUUUGAUGUUGGUGGUUCUAUAGAGGAAUUAGAGAACCUAAUUCAGUUGGUUGAAAAAUGGGAUGUCGAUGUUGCUGUUGAUUGUUGUUCUGAGCAUGUUCAGAUCAUAUUUUCUGCACUUCAAAGCACAAUAUCUGAGAUUGGAGCCAAGGCCUUCACAAUUCAGGGUCGCAGUGUGACAAGCCACAUAAUUGACAUUUGGUUGAGUUUGAUGAAUUCUAUGUUGAGAGAAGCUAAAUGGGUUAGUGACAAGUCGGUGCCAACAAGGGAUGCAUAUAUGACCAAUGGCUUCGUAUCGUUUGCCUUGGGACCAAUUGUCCUCCCAGCUCUUUAUUUAGUUGGGCCUGUACUCUCAGAGGAGGUUGUUUGUAGUUCUGAAUACCAAAAUCUAUACAAGGUUAUGAGCACUUUUGGGCGUCUUCUGAAUGAUAUCCACAGCUUUGAGAGGGAAUCCAAGGAAGGUAAAUUGAAUGUUGUAUCAUUGUACAUGGUUGAUGGCAGUGGUGAGACUGUUACUGCAGAAGAAUCCAUUAAAGAGAUCAAGAGUAUCAUUGUCAGUCAAAGGAGAGAAUUGCUGAGAUUAGUUUUGCAGGAAAAAGGCAGCCUAGUUCCACGAGCCUGCAAGGAUUUGUUUUGGAAGAUAUGA